UGUCCCUCCGUCUAUCUGUCUAUCCGUCUAUCUGUCCAUCGUCCAUCCAUCCAUCUAUAUCGAUUAUAUUUAAACCUAUGACCCAAUUCAGUAGAAAUAAUUAGUAAAAGCUGAAUACUCUACUGUAAAAGACAUGUUAUUGACAGCUGUUUGUCUAAGAGGAGGCCGGUCUCAGGAAGCUUAUUUAAUGACAUUCAGUCAAGCAUGAAAUAGUCCGGUCUCUUACAGACUUCCAUUCUUAUGGUGUUCUUACUGCACCUUACAGAGUAAAUAGUUACAGUUUAAUUAAACAAACAAAACCUUCAAGAUAUUUUUUAUUAAUUAUGUUACACAUACUCUGUUUCUGAAGUGUCCCACUUAAAGGCAUUGACUUGUUUUAGCGUUUUCAAUUCUAUACUAACACAUAUAUUGUUAGAUAAACAAUCUGGAUGGCUGUUUACUAUUAUUGUGAGUUCAUAUAUUUACCCUCUAGCAAGUGACAAAAUAAUUAGCAAUGGCUAAGCUGCCUUCAAGGGUCUCCAUGGUUCUUGGAUUGGUAUUAUUAACAAACAAUGGCUCGGAGUGCUGUUGGGCUAAAUUCAGUGGAUUUAAAUGACACUCGGAGCUAACUGCAGAAACACACUUAAUGAGUUAGAACACUGGCUUCUCUUGAUACACAGUCUUGUUUCAAACAGCUCCAACUGCAUAUGGUCAUGAAUAUAUUUAUAGACAAACAGAUGGAGAAACACGAACAGAAUCCACAUUCAUUAUUUGCAGCACAUGAACUCCAUUAAAAUUUAGGAGAACAGCUAAAUAUUUUUUUUAGGAACGCAUUCUGUAGGUGUAGAAAAGUUGGACUUGGGUGACAUCGAGAUUUUUUCAUUGUUAAAUUGCAGCAGAGAAAUAUUUUUUGUAUUUAACAUGUAUAUUUCAUAUGUAUUUUUCCCUAUUUAAUCAUUUGUUGUGUAGUUUUUAUAAUGAUAUGUGUAACUCUGGAGUUAGCAGGUACUGCAGCUAAAAAAACAGGUCUAGGAUAGACCUGAUUGUUUUUAGGUGAGGUCUAAAUAUAUCUCCAUUAUGUUACAUCAUCUUCCAUGCUGUCAUAGCAGAUGUAAUUGUGCGUUUUUUAUUUAAAUUUAAUGUUCCACAAAAGUGACAGUGUGUGACUGUGGGUACUGCAGUCAACAGUGACACUGACGGCUUAGUUCAGUGUUUGAUCGUCCCUCAGAAUACACAACUAGAUAAAGGAACACUCUGUUCACAUUUUUGUGACACUGUUUUACAGCUGACUAUUAACCUGUGUGGUUGCUGGUUCACACACUGUUGAUUUAUACAUGUUUACCCAGAGGAGGAACAUCCUACUGGGAUGACUAACAUCUCUCACCCAUGUCACAUUACUCAUAAUGCGCAUGAUGUGAAAGACAAAUUAUACACUUCAGUGGGAGCCAAGUUGUCAUGCAGGCAUUUUUCAAAGUCAGUGUCUGAAUACACCAAGAGGUAAAGGGGAGUUCAGUAUUACAGUUUAUGUUGAUACUUGUCAAUAAACCAAUAACCUUUAUUUAACCAGGUGUAAUGUCUAGUUUAGAUUUAAAUAUCUUUUGCAAGAGAGACCUGACCGAGCAGUGUGACACUAAAUGCUUUUAACAUCCAAAAAACAAAUAAUACAAACACAUAAGCCACAAUUGUAAAAACUCAGUUACAGCUCACAGCUGCAGACACCGAGGAAAUGUCGCUCUCUGUCAUUUCAAAUGGAUUUAAAUUCCCCAGUGGUGCCAGUCCAGCAGCCUCUCUCUGCCCUAAGCUAAGAGAGUGACUUACGCACAGUCUGACGCUAGUCUUGAAUAUGAGGUUCAUGCUAUGGAUCCUUGUGUUUGGAGUCUGAUCACAAACAACACUCUCGUUCCAAUGUCUGACGUCCAAUUUUGUCCAGUUUUAAAUUUGGGACUGCACUGGGCCUAGCCAGUGGAGCUGAACAUGAAUUUGUGUUUACACAGUCAUGUCAUAUUUUUUAAUGAACUCAUUAGGAAUGUCUCAAGAGUCCUGCGAAACAUUUGAGAUGAAGAACUGAAGCAAUAAUGGAAGCUGUAUAAAAAAAACAUCUAUAUUAUUAGAUUUAACAGAAUGUUUUGUUUACUUUUAGCUUUACUGAUUCUGUUUUGUUCAUUUUAACGGCUACUUCGACCCUUCUAUUGCUUAGCAGUAUAGGAAUCUUUUUUUUUUUUUUUCAAUUUUUCAUUUUAUCUGGACAAAGUGCAUAGACCUGGACUAAAGACAUGGGUCCAAAAUAACACUGUCACCAUUUUCAACUGAAUUACACAAACAGCCAACACCAGAUGAUGGAAGGAAUAAUGGACGCAGCCUGUCAACAAGCUGCUGUUAUCCACUCGUUAGCCGUCACAUGUCUGUUUUAAGUUCUGUUUUUGUGCGUACGUGUCUAUCCCUGUCCCCGCUGCCGCUAAAAUAACCCACUCCAUGAUCAGUAAUGUGAAGACGAGGUGAAGGGGUCGCCUCCAUUAUGUACAUUGCUGCUGUUUACUGGUGGUUAUGCUCAUGUAAUCUCAGCUCUGAUGUAUUGUUUGUGUCCAUUAUGUGCUGUUGAAGCCCUGCGUUUCUGCUUGUUUGCUGAGACCCGUGUUUACUAUCUACUAAUAAGUUGCCAAGAUGAUCUCACAUCCUGUGGGAUUAUGACCGGGCCUGUUCAUUUUAUAUGUGCAUUAGUUUGCAUGACAGAUGUGCGAGACAAAAUGACCUCAGUCAUCACACAGGUCAUGCCAUUUCCAUGAUGUUUAUUUUAGUGGUUAUGUUGUUCAAAAGAAGACUUUCAGUUAUCAGACAGUAAACAAUACUAACAAUUAAUAUUCCAAUGACUCAUAAAGACUCAAUAAUCCAGAUACUCCUAUGAAUUCAGUCGUUAUUCAGUAGUCUGUGAUCAAAGCAUUAUAGAGUUUAAGUUAUAGUAAUUUGAAUUGAAUCCUUUUUAACAUAGAUAUUCAUAAGCUUUGUGCUUCUCUCUCUCUCUGUGUGUGUGUGUGUGUGUGUGUGUCAGAGUGUGAGAUUGGUUUCAGUGUGUGAUUGUGUGGUGAUGUGACAUGUCCAAGUGGAUCGUGCGAGCUGAUUGGUUCUCUGUUAGAGAUUCUAAGCAUAGGAGAUCAGAUUCUACCGUACUGCAGCUACCGUAUCACCGGGUGACGAUGUAUUUAUCCACUCUGCUUGCCCACUAGUUGUUGUUCAAAAUCUUUUUUUAACAUAUCUCGAAAUGAUUGAACAAAACUUUCUUAAUAAAUUUAUAGGAGAUGAUGACGUAACGAUGAAACAACGCUGGUCGAGGGCGUCGUAAGUCGAGGACCACUGUAGUUACAUACAGAUUUAGAUAGAAAUUCAAUGAAGUUGAGUUGAUCUGUGGGGCUUUAUUUGGUUGAAAACAUUGAAAGUAUUCCCACUAAUGCAUCUAAAACAAACUCAAACAAGUCUAAACUGGUACAAUAUUAUAGUUGUUAUUUUCUAGUACUGCUAGAAUGAGAACACUGCAUGUACAACGUAUUUGUCUCAUCACCAGAACAGAACAUCCUGACACUAGUAGUUACAGAUAAAAGUACUUUCUUUUAAAACACUAGAGAUGUUUCAUGUGUGAACUUCUCCGUUCAUAAAGGGUUAGUUCCAGUUAUUUUAUGGAAUCUUCAGCCAGCAGAAAUGCACUGUUGGUUUUCCUCAUCUUUUCGUUUGGAAAUCUUAGGCGUGGGCUGACUUUUCAGUGCCUUAAAGAAAUUGUGAGGGCAGCUCUAUUGGCUUUAACUCCACUUUCUAAAGCCCCAACAGAGUGUCCUUUUAUUUUGUUGUUUGUAUUGGUUUUUUAUUCCACUGUAAAUGUUUAGCUCAUGUUUGGCGGUGGUCAGCAGCAUGCUCAGCACUGCAGAGCAGAAAAUGAGUUUCUGGUACAGUAUUGAUAGCACACAGACAAUAACUGAAUUACAGUUGAUUAUUUUUUUUGUCUCAUAAAUGUAACAAGAUGCUUUGUCUUUCCCAGCAGAGGUGAACUUUCCAAUUAGACAAAUGGUCUGGCUCCCCACCCCCCAGUACUCCCCUGAGUCUCCUAAAAUUGCACUUGAGCUGACGAUGAAGAUGAUGAUUAUGGAAAGAACCAGGAUGAAGAUAAUGACGACCAUGAAUAGGGAUGAGGAUGAUAAGGUCCACAAUGAGGAUAACAACGUCGACGACCCCGAGGAUGAUGGUGACCACGAUGACGGCAACAACUACGUCAACGAUGAUGAUCUGGAUGGAGAUGAUGACAACCACAACAUGAUGUUGGUGAUGAAGAUGACAGGCUUCGUUCUCUCUGGCUCCUUUACAGCGAAGCAGCACCUCUACACUGGCACGUCUGAGGGUCUACACCCGUCCACACCUUUCCUGCACUCGUUCAAAACAACAUUUUCUUUUAUCUGCUGUGUUGCAUAGCAUUUUCCGGCCGACUGCGGUGUUCUUCCAUCUGAGUCCUCUCUUUUUGUCUCCGCCAUCCAAUUUAUUUCCUUCGGCAUCUCCACUGGGAGAUUAUUUGAAAAAUAAAUGAAGAAAUACUUCAUGUUUCCUGGGCUUGUUCUUUUGGGAACACUGAGAACGUAGUUGACCAAAAGAGGAGAGACUGGGUGCAUUUGUGAGCGUGCAGCUACUGAGUGGGAGCAGCCUGUACUGUGUUGGGGAGUAUUUGUACAAAAUAAAGUCCUAGAACAUGAGGGGGAGGAAAAAAGAGGGAGGGAGGGAGGGAGGGAAGAAGAGAAGGAGGGAGUCCAAAGGUAAAAAAAUACAGGCCCAUGUGAUGAACUGUAGACCCAGCAUCAACAUCUUAAACGUGUUAUCAUCUGGAACAUGGCUGUCAUUGUUCAGAGGGAGAAAACAAUGACAAAGUAUUUCAUUAGUUUCUCUAUUAAAAACAUUUCUCCUAAUUAGGGCCGGAGCUGUCGUCUCAGUAAAAAUGAGAGGUAUCUCCAGGCGUGAUUUGUUUGAACGUGACAUCUGUGUGAAUCAUUAACAAUAUAAGAGGGGCACCUGGACUUGUUCCAGUUUAUCACACAGUCACAGGGAAACGGUAGGAAAGAGCAAACACACAUGAGCCAAACAGAGGCAGCGUCUGCAGCUUCCACAACAUUAAUAAACUUUUCAUUGACACCGUAACUGCUGAGCUGCCAGCUCUGUGGGCCGCUGAGCCAUUUCACACCAUUAAUCUCGCAGUGUUUACACUGGUUAAACUCACUCACCUUGACACCUGAGGGGAGGCUUUAAUAACAGCUCUGUAGACAGACUUUUGUGGCCAGCUGAGCUGAAAAUUACUGUGACAAUUGUUUUCAGGUUUCAUCUGUAUUUUUUCACGUCCAAAAGCAAGGUCCUUUCUUCUGUUCCUGCUUGUUCACGAUGGCUCGAUAUCAUCGUUUCUGCUGCGACCACUACAGACUUUCAGAAAUGUAAACCAGGACAGGAGUUAAUAUUUCCAACUGGACAUAUCUACUAGUGUAGUGGUUCUCAAACGGUGCUACGUGUACCACCAGUGGUAUGCGAGUGCUCUCUAAUGGUACACAGGCAAAAUUCAUAUUUUGACAUUUACAUUUUCAAUUGAAUAAAUCUGAAACAUACCAUGCACAAUUAAUACAACAUUUAAACAUAACCAUCUUUCUAAA